CGUCAAAUGCGGGUCACGUGGCACAAGGAGCGCGGAUGAACCUUCGACUUCUCGAAGAAGAAGAAGGGCUUCAUCUCCAGAUUCGGAGAGAGAGAGAGGGCGAGGGAGAGAGAGAGAGAGAGAGAGAGAGGGCGAGGGCGAGGCGAGGGAGGGAGGGAGGGAGGGAGAGAGCGGCCAUGGCUCCGCAGCUUCGGCUUAGCUCUUCGGCCGCCCGUCGAGGCCGUCUCCACAUCUCCGCCCUCCCGUUCUCUUCCCGCUUAAUCUUCCUCGCGCUCUGCUCCAUCGUCCUUCUCCUCCUCAUCCUCCUCCACAUGGCAGCGGAAGACAUGGCGUCGAACACCAAGACCGUGGCCGGCCACAACCUCGAUCCCACGCCGUGGCACCCUUUCCCCCAGAUCAAGGAGCGCCUACGCCCCCUCACCGUCCUCCGCUGCGUCGUUCUCUCCUGCCCUAGCUCCCCGCCGAUCCUCCCUGCGCCGAGGCCGAACCCGAAUUCUCCACCCCCGCGGUCGUGCCCUAACUUCUUCCGGGCGAUCCACCGCGACCUGGACCCGUGGCGGUCGACCCGCAUCUCGGCCGCGCUGGUGGCCGAGGCCGGGAAGCGCGCGGCGAUGAGGGUGGUGAUCUUGGAGGGGAGACGCUUAUUCGUGGAUCUCUACUACGCGUGCGUGCAGAGCAGGGCCUUGGUCACCAUUUGGGGCCUGCUGCAGCUCCUGCGGAGGUACCCGGGAAUGGUGCCCGAUGUCGACCUCAUGUUCGAUUGCAUGGACCGGCCGACCCUCCACCGGUUCGAAUUCCGUCCCAGCAAUGGGAGCCCUAAUGCUAGCAGUUUACCCAUUCCACCACCGCUCUUCCGCUACUGUACCACAGAAGAUCAUUUUGACAUCCCAUUCCCGGAUUGGUCCUUCUGGAGCUGGCCUGAGAUCAACAUCAGAUCAUGGAAUGAAGAAUUCCAAAGCAUCAAGCGUGGUUCGCAAAAUGUGAAGUGGAAUAAAAAGGACAAAACUGCAUACUGGAAAGGCAACCCUUUUGUCGACUCACCCAUACGAGAGGCACUUCUGAGUUGCAAUGACUCCAAUAAAUGGGGAGCUCAAAUCAUGCUUCAAGACUGGGUGGAAGAAUCCAAAUCUGGGUUUCAGAAAUCUAGUCUCUCAAGCCAAUGCAAUUACCGAUAUAAGAUAUAUGCAGAGGGUUUUGCAUGGUCGGUGAGUUUGAAGUACAUCCUAGCAUGUGGAUCCAUUGUACUGUUCAUCGAUCCACAGUAUGAAGACUUCUUUACCCGUGGUCUUGUUCCAAAAGAAAAUUUCUGGCCCGUCAGUCCCACCGAGCUUUGUCAGUCAAUAAAGCUUGCUGUCGAUUGGGGGAAUUCGAAUCCCUCUGAGGCAGAGGCCAUAGGAAAGAAGGGGCAGUCAUUCAUGGAGGAGUUGGAGAUGGAUCGAGUCUAUGAUUAUAUGUAUCACCUUCUCGUUGAGUACUCUAAAUUGCAAGACUUCAAACCCGUUCCUCCUCCGUCAGCUCAAGAGGUGUGUGCGGACUCAAUCCUUUGCCUUACAGACGAGAAGCAGAGGCAGUUCCUAGAAACAAGUUAUGCAUCACCUUCAACUUCUAUGCCGUGCACUCUUCCUCCACCUGGUAACAACCAUCAAACUUGAUAUGAAGAAUUCUCUAACUUCACAUGUACACGAGAAAGUUCCAUAUUAGGAUUUCCGAAUUCAUUCAACGGCCAGAGAAUUCAAUUAGUUGCUUUGAUUAUUUUCAUUUCUUUAAAUAUUCAUCUCAACCUACAUAUUGUAGGUUGUGUUUGUCUCAUCCUUUGUAAACCAUACUACCCUCUCUUCAACAUGGAACAAUUUUCAUGGGAGAACUCAUAAAUUGUAUUAGUAAAAGAAGAAAAAUGAAUAAAUGACUAUUUUGUGCCA